CCAAAACCAUAAACUCGUCUAGUAGAAGAAGAAAGGCCAAAAGACGCUUGAAUAGAAACAUGGGAGAAGCUGAAUUAGUGUCAGCAGACGAAAAACAAGUGGAUUCAGAAUCCUGUGCUGCCGAUGAGUCAGUGGUAUGGAGUCAAGAGGUGGAAGUGUGUCUGUUUCACGCCAUGUUGGGUCACAAACCAGUCGGGGUCAAUCGUCAUUUCCACAUGAUUUGCAUACGUGACAAAUUUAGCCAAAACAUUGGAAGGCAGGUUUCAUCAAAGGUCAUCUGGGAUCACUUGGGAACAAUGUAUGACAUGCAGGCGCUGCACGAGUCUGAAAUCCUCCCUUUUCCAAACUCUGAAAAGAGCUUUGUCUUGCCUGAGGACAUAAUACAGGAGGUCAGAGAAGGGAAAGUCGGUUCAGAGGAUGAUAUAAAGGAAGAGUUUAAAGAAGAGCGUGAUCUUUCAGCCACUCAUGAAGAAGGCAGUAACUCUUCAGUAAAGAUGACCGAGCGCUCAAGCAGUGGCAGAGAGAAAGAGAAGGAGCGAGAGCGCGAAAGGGAGAAGGGGAACUCAGUUGAGUCAGGUGGUGGUUCUAAGGAGGCCGCCAGUGAGAAAAGGAAGCGAAAUCGGGCCACAGAAAAAACACUGAGCACCGGAAACCCAUCCAGCCCUGGCGGAGCCAAACGUCGCAGAACAUAGUGAAGGACAGCAGGGGACAUUUGGAGGAUCUAACUCAUAUGGACUUGAGAGGCUUACAUUAGAAGGCUUACAUUAGGCCAACCAUAGUCUCAGGCAUGAUUAAAGUGAUGUGUUGUGAUGCACUGUUUCUGUAUGAAUAGAUGGUUCUCUGUUUGAGCUUCUCCAGAAGCUUGGUGUAUGAGGGAACACACCAGUGCACACGUAUACACAGCUUCCUGAAGACUAACCAGGACUCCAAUAGAAAGUGUAAGCAAUGGUUUGAGAAGAUCUUAAAAGCUUCCAGGUUGUGGAUCAUAGUACAGGAAAAUGUACCUUACCCUGUUUUUUCCUGGAAAGUAAGUUUAGGUAGUAGUUUUAAUCUCCUUUUGUUCAAGUGACCUCAUGGAGUAAUUUCUGUACCUGAACAUGUUUGAUAGCAUUUUUUGAAAAUGACUGUGACUGCUAUGAUAGUUAGGGUGCUUAGUACUUACUUCUUAAUACACCUUGCAUAGUGAUUACUAUACAGUUCUUGUUUAAAAUGUUUCUGUCAUGACUUGCUUUGGAUUUUCAGGCUACAUGACGUGUGUAACCUAAGCAAGAUGGACUCAAGUUCCUGCAUAUCCAUUAGGUUUUUUUUUUUUUUUUUUUUUUUUUUUUUUUCUUUUUUUUUACAAUCAUCUUUUAUUAAAUUUCCAUUUUAACAAACAAAAAAGAUGUGAGCAAGCCUUAACUCAGGCUUAAUGUUGGUUUGUUGUUUCUUUUAUAAAAGAAUAAAUAUCAGCCUGUGCUGGUUAAUGCUUAGAA